UUAAUAAUAAUAGAAUGUAUUAAAUUAAAGAUAAACAGCUCCUCCAAAAUGAAUGACAAGGAAGAUUCACUUAUUGUAAGUCGCUUUGGAUAAAAGCGUCUGCUAAAUGACAUGUAAUGUCAUUUACAUGUCCAAUGUAUGUCCAAUGUUUGUGUCAGUCAGUUCAUGCAGAAGUUUUCCACUCACCUGACUCCACCCCACUCUACCUGCCAAGACACACCUUCUCAUCAAGCCAACACUACUCACCUGUGAUCACAGCUGCUCCUCGUCUCCUCCUUAUGUACUCCAGCUCCUCUUAGCCCUCAUGCAAGACUCUCCAGCAGUUAUUCCUGGACUGACUUUUGCUUAUAGAUCCUGCCUGAACCCUUACAGUAUGUCCCCAACCAUGUAUCUGUCUCAGUGUCCCUGGUUUCCGCCUGCCUUGGACUGUCCGGUGAGCUUUUCAUUUGGUUCAGUUCUCUGCAUCUACCUACCUGCUUGCUGUUCCCCUCAAAGAAACUACGUGCAUCUCCAUUUCCUCUGCUGUGUUUCUAAUAAAGACGGUUGCCAACUGCCCUGCGCUGUAUUCUGCUGCAUUUGUGCUGCCCAUGAGCCUAUUGCACCAAACUAGGAUGAGGGAUUAAGCCAGGCUAUGUUGCUUAUCCUGGCCUAAUUUAGCCUCAAGUCAGUUGCACGAAAGCAGUGGUGCACAAGUUACCAUGAUGAUUCAUUCUUUGUGUGACACCAUAAAAGAACAAUAUAUUAUUGAAAAAGGUGAUUAAACUGAUAAGGGUUUAUGUUAGAUUGUUGGUGGUUCUGAGUUUUCUUACUGUGAUCUACACAGUGAUCUUGUUUGGACGAUCUGUGUUCGAUUGAUUUUUGUCUCACAUUAUAGUAUUAGUAUUAUAUACAGUAUUCAUUCAUCUGUGUUUGUGUCACAAUGAUGUGUUGGAUGAUGAAGCUCUGCUACUUGGAUGGACUUUCUGACACGGAAAAGUGGAACAUUUAAAUAAAUGAUUUGCCGCAUUAUCAGAGCUGUAUGUGAUAAAAUUCGGUGGCUCGUGUAUUUGUGAUUUCGCUGCAUAACAAUCCAUGAAACUUUAUCUUUCAUUCAGCAGCAGGUUUUAAUGCAGCUGAGGUCUCUUCAGUAACUGUGUGCAGAACAUCCUAUAGCACCUCCUACUGGCCAUAAACUGCUAUAACACAAAUGUUAUUCUAUAAGAAUAUAUUAAUCAGUCAUUUCUCAAAUCACACUCUCUUACAAUUGCAAUAGGAAAACUCAUGUGUUUACAACCUCAGUUUACAGUACAGAACAGUAUAGAAGCGGUUUGCUUGUUGCCGCACAUCUUGUCCAUUUCUGCAUCAGUAAAUCUGUGCAUUUACCAGGAUAGAUUAUACCUGACUUGACCAAGCCGUGCUUUCUCAUCCUGGUUUGCGUUCCUGCAAUGGACUAAGCCAGAAUGAACUUAGUAGCAUGGGAUAAGACUCGCUUUUUCAGAUAUCCUGGAUAUUUUAAUUAGAAUAAGUGGUGAACCAUUGUGCUGUAUUUUUCCCCACGACGGAGCUUUACACACUAAAUAUUACUCAUAAGAUCGCUCCCUUUGUUCUGACUGUCCACCUUUAAACUCGGAACAGGUUCAGGAUGCAGUCUAAGAGAUGUGUUCCGGAGUGUUCUGCUUCAAACUCUGAUGGCAUACUUGUAAUGGUUUGUAUUGUGCAGUCAUGUACAGUGAAUUAUCUUUUCUUGUUUCUUAACUAAGAUGUGUGUUACAUGCUCUCAAGAACUGUUUUGCUAUAAAAUCUCUUUGUGUCCUUGGUGACACUAAGAAAUGACAAUGGCCGUCUCCAGGUUCUUCCCACAGUUUUGAGACAUGCACAUCAGAGUUAGGUGAAGGUGGUAACUCUAAACUGACUGUUUACUGCCAGUGUGGGUGUGUUUAGUUUGUCCAAUUUUUAUUUUUGGAUGUUGACGUUGAACCAACAUUCGAAGACAGGUGUGGUUUUCUGACUGGUCUGUCUCGUUUUAAUGUGGUAACAUAUCAGAAUGCCAUCUCACGUUGCAUUUUCCCAGCAUUGAGAGGAAGCGUAUUUGAGAGGCAGCGGUAGGCAAGGGUGUUUUUCUUCUAUUUAACUGUAAAUUCAACAUGUGUCAGGCAUGUCAGGAGCUCUGCAGUGAGUCUAACAACAAUGGUGUCUUUGAUUUGUGUGUUUUAACAAAAACAUAAUGUUAAGUGUCAACUGCAGCUAUUACACUUAUUUAUACUAAUUUUUGAUCAAAUGUAGCUAGAGUGUGAGAAUGACAAUGGAAAUGAUGCUCCACUUAGAAAAUUGUUGACUUUUGCGAGACAUUCAAGAUUAAAGACUUUUAUUGUCACAGCGGUUACUUUAAGGACAAACAUCCAAAUAAACAGAAGAAAAAACAUAUGUCAUAGUAAUACAGAAUAUACCAGCUAUAUACACAGGACAGUUUAUCAUAGUAUACAAGUAUAACUUAAAAAGUUAUCCUGGCCUUUGUCAAGACACCAAGCAAUGGUUUAAUGCAAGAUGCCUUUUGUCUUUCGAGAGGCAUAACAGUGGAAUGAAUGGAAUGUCAUGCCUUUCCCAGUAUAGAGCCGUGUCUAUAUAGGGUCUAUAUAAACAACCUGGUGCUUUAUGGAGUCAUUUCAUUCCACAUAACAUGUUUGUGUACCUUUGCUAUCACUAAUAUGCUUUAUGUCAGCUUCUUGUAACAGUGGAUGGGUUUAAUCAAAUAUGUUUGUGGAGAAUGAAACCAGUAUGUGUUUGUUUAGGUAUGUCAACACGUAGCUCAGUGAUGUUAGAGAUGGACAAUGUGACGUCCAAGUCUUCCAGAUGUUCCUCCUGUCCAGCUAUAGUUGCAGUGUUAUGGAUUGUCAUAGCUUUGGCAAGAAUCAUCUACGGUGUGGUGACCUUCAAGGACUGUCCUCAGCAGGUGUGCGCAUUCAUGUACCUGUUGAUCCUGGCUCUAUUAGCUCUGUUUUUUAUAUGUACCGUGACCAUGAAGAGUGAGAGCAGUGCAGCUCAACCUCCGAAGAAACCAAAGUACUCCAAAACUGGUCAUCUGUGUUUAAUGGGACUCUUUCUCUGCAGCGCAAUCAUCGCAGCAAUUUCAGAGGAUCAGUUUGUGGCAUGGCUUUGACGAUGCUGGGAGACAAAGGAGCUGUUUCAGGAGCAAUGGCAGCAAAAGUAAAGAACGCUCAAGUGACGUCAACAAUGGAUGCUGUGAUGUCCGGGAUAUCCAGCCCUGACUACUGUACAAUUGCAGCCACAGUUGUGUGGGUUCUCACAGCUCUGGCACGGAUCAUCUAUGAGCUGGUGUUCUACAGGGACACCCCUCAGCAGCUGACCAUACUCCUAUGCCUGCUGUCCCCGGGUCUGUUCACACUGUUGGUGAUAUAUGUUGUCAAUUAUCUGCGUGAGAACAACGGAGCUGAAUCACAGAAGAAACCCAAGCGUGCCACAGCCACGCAGGUGGCGUGUGGGUCUUUACACUUCACUUCCCUCCGGCUCAGCACAACUCCGGUCGCACAGUCUUUAAUAAUAAUGUCUUCUCUAGACAGAACCUGUUCCUGUUUACAUUCUGCAAUGCAGUGUGGGAUAUCUACGCCAUUGUUUUCAUCCUGCUCAGAAGCCUUAAGGCGCCAUUGUGUGAAGAGAAACUGUGUCCAGCUGUCGUUUGAUGCAUGGAUGGAGCACAACUGCACCAUCACUGAUGUUGGAUGUGUUUAUCUGUGAUGGGGAAAGUAUAUUUCUUUGAGCAAUUUGAUCGUGGACAUUAAUGGGUACUUCUAAUGUGUGGCGACAUAUUUCUUUAAUAGUGAUUUCAACUGGGCAUGCUUGAAUGUGAGUGAGUGGGAUGUGGGGUUUCUUUCUAAAUUUGAACUAUUACGAGUCUGCACCAAGUGUGUUAUUGUGUUCAUUUCGAAUCCCAGGUCUGCCCUGAAAAUAUACUGUAUAUUUUUAAAGACUUGGUAGUUCUAUAAGCCAAUUCUUAACAAAUUGUAUUAAUGAUUAUUUCUAUGGGUUUGUGCAAUUGUAUUUCCCUGUAAUGUAAAAACCAAGUGUGAGGAUGUUGUUCUCUGUUAGGUGUAUAUACAGAGAAAUGUGCAAUGCGAGGCUUUUGGAUGUACAAACCUUUUUCAUGUGAUGUAUUGACAACAAAAUUGAUAAAGGUGUUGAAAUUGGGACAUCAGGUUUAGAGUUCAGUGGAUUUCAGCUGUACAACAUGUAUUGUUACUCGUGACGCACAGUUGCCAGCAGAAAAACUAACAAACCAAUUAUCUAACCACUAAACCAAGCAGCCAUACAACCAAA